AUGCUGCAUCGUGCUCAUCUUGGCGUGGUGAAAAUGAAACAGCUGGCUCGUCUUCAUUGGUGGUGGCCAAAGAUGGAUAAAGAUAUUGCUAGCAUGGCAAAUUCUCGCGAGACUUGUGCAAAGUCAGCAAAAAUGCCCAGGGAAGAAUUCAAACCAUGGCCAGAACCGGAACAUGUGUGGUCUCGAGCACACAUGGACUUCGCUGAACCAUUCUGGGGUUCGAAAUGGCUCGUGGUCGUCGAUGCAAAAUCGAAGUUCCCAUUCGCGACAGAUACGGGAGACGACACAACCGCAAAGAGUCUUUGUAACGUUCUUGAACAAGUAAUUGAUUGGCUCGGUCCGCCGGAAACGCUCGUUUCAGACAAUGGUCCACUAUUCUGCAGUUACGAGAUGAAGGAUUUCUACAAAAAGUACGGCAUCGAACACAGCACAACAGCACCUUAUCAUCCGGCCAGCAACGGACUUGCAGAGCGUUUUGUGCGCUUAUUCAAAGAAGGGAUGAUGAAAGAACAACAAGUUGGACAACGAAACAAGAAUGUCGCACUCAGGAACGUACUACGAACCUAUCGGUGGACUCCGCACACUUCAACCGGCAUUCCUCCUGCCGAUAUGCUGCUUCAACGUCCGAUUCGAACCGCAUUGGUCAGACUGAAACCGAAUUUGUCAAAAACAAUUCUGAAUAAGACGAAAUGUAUUGGUAUUGAACGUUUAUUCUUAUGUAUUAAUAUUCGAAAUGUAGUACUUUUACUUUAG